AAGGCGGAUGAUGUGAAGGCGCCGAGAUAAACAGUCUUCAAUGCUCACGUUCAAUUAUGCAGUACUAUUAUCUAAAAUAAUAGCACACUGAUGCCUUUUUAGUAUUUCACGCAGCUGUUUGUUAAAUCGGUUGGAGAACAUCUUUUUUGCAGCAUGAUGCAGUCCUCGCUUGCGGAGCGCGUCGAGUCGAUGGCAGUCAAUGAACAGGACAAAACUGCAGAAAAGGAGGAAGAUCAAGAUAGAGGCGAGGACAAAACUGAAACGGCAGAGGACACUAACACAGAGAAUUGCACAAAUGUAGAGGGAGGCAAAGAAUCCAUGGAAGUACAGGAGACGAAAGAGGGUAUAACCACUGAUGGAGAAAUUAAUGGAGGUGGAGGAGACCACCAGCAGGCGGAGGAGGACUGGGAGAUGCCCUACAGCGAUGAGGAGAUGGAGGAUCCUAAGAACUGGAUGCCUCCACCAGAAGAGAUCAAACGGCUAUAUGAGCUGUUGGCCAAAGGAGAAGCGCUUGAGUUGAAGUGGGUCCCUCUUCCACGUCGACUUCCGACCCCUCCACGCACUCCAUCGCCCGAGAGAGAUGGAGAAGACUCACAGGAGGCUAAACAGGAAGAGAGUGAGCACAAGGCCCUCUCACCAACGGAGUUUGAUUUUGAUGAAGAGCAAACUGCCUCAACUCCUAAAAAUGCUUUUCUCAAUCGGCGAAGAACACCAGGUUCUUCAGCCCGCUCUUCGGUCAAACGUGAGGCUCGGCUAGACAAAGUGCUAUCAGACAUGAAGCGUCACAGAAAAAUUGAGGAGCAGAUUCUAAGGACGGGUCGUGACCUUUUUAAAAGUGAUAAAACACGGCCAGGGCUUGCCGCUGUUCAGCCCUUAUCGCCAAACAGUCAGAGGGAGCGGGAAAAAGAAAGGGAGCGAGACCGUGACCCCAGCACUGUCUUCAGUCCCAGACAGAGGAGAUACUGAGGGAAAACGAGAAACAGACUUUUUGAAAGAACAGCCAUUUUUUUAGGGUUUAAACCCUAAACAUGAGAUGCUACUAUUAUACUGAUGUUGUCUUUUUUUUAUUAUUAUUAAAAAAAUAUAUCUUUUCUACAUUGUAAAUAAAUGUCUUG